AUGUCUUACUCACUUGGUUUUUCAACACCAAAAACAUCAGAUGAAACGUCCAUCGGAGAGUAUGGCCUUAUUUCAACACCAAAUAAUUUGUGCCAACUUAUAAGUCUUUACGAGAACUUUAAUCAAUUGUCAAACAUUCCCAACUGUUCACUGACUAAUUUGAAAUUCCAAAGUCCAAAGACUAACAACAUUCAGUGGAAUAGCGACAGUGGUUAUAAAAGUUUUGAAAUCAUUAAGAAAGAGCAUACACCAAAAUUGAAAUUUUCAAUUGACUCUAUCCUAUCAGAAUCAACACCAUCAUCAGCAUCAUUCUCAUCAACAUCAUCUCCAGCGCUGUUGCUGAAAUGUUUUGAUCCUAAUAGUAGUAUAUUGCAAAACAAUGAAAAUGUCUUUCCACUGCCUGUAACAACAAACACUACACCUGUUGGUCGUCAUUACCAUCACCAUAAUCAAUUACAACAACAACAACAACAACAUUCUCCGUAUAACUUCCAGAUAAAAACUGAAAAUGACUAUCUGACAAAUUAUGAACAAACAUUUCCGAUUGAUUUGUCUAUUUUCAAUUGUAAACGACAAGUGAUGAAUAGACCAGCGAGGAAUGUUACAAAAACAGGUGAACAGUAUAACUGUCGAUACUGUGGAAAGAUGUAUUCAGUGAAAUCAUCUAUAAGGUAA